GCGGUGGCGCGCGGCGGCGGCUGAGUCCGAGGCUUUGGGUCGCACCCCUUGGCCGCCCUCUCCUAUCCCCUCGACCGCCGCCUUCUCUCUUGCACCGCUCUUGCACGGGGUCGGUCCUGUACGCGCUCGCGCGUCGGUUUUCGGGUGUGCGCAGGCGCGGCGGGAGCGAUUAGCCCGCUUGGGUGGGCGGCGGAGCCCGGGAGCGCGCGGGCGAGACCAUGGCGGGCAGCGGCGCGGGGGGCGGUGGUGUCGGGGAGACGAAGGUGAUUUACCACCUGGAUGAAGAGGAGACUCCCUACCUGGUGAAGAUCCCUGUCCCCGCCGAGCGCAUCACUCUCGGCGAUUUCAAGAGCGUCUUGCAGCGGCCCGCGGGCGCUAAGUACUUUUUCAAGUCUAUGGAUCAGGAUUUCGGGGUGGUGAAGGAAGAAAUUUCAGAUGACAAUGCCCGCCUUCCCUGCUUCAACGGACGGGUGGUGUCCUGGCUAGUGUCAUCAGAUAACCCCCAACCCGAGAUGGCUCCCCCAGCCCAUGAGCCUCGGACAGAACUGGCGCCUCCACCCCCACCAUUACCCACUUUGCCACCGGAGAGGACCAGUGGCAUAGGGGACUCCAGGCCUCCAUCCUUCCACCCUAAUGUGUCCAGCAGCCGGGAAAAUUUGGAGCCCGAGACAGAAACGGAGUCAGUAGUGUCUCUGAGGCGGGAACGGCCUCGCAGGAGAGACAGCAGUGAGCAUGGCGCUGGGGGCCACAGGCCCAGCGGCCCCUCGAGACUGGAGCGCCACCUGGCUGGGUAUGAGAGCUCCUCAACCCUCAUGACCAGCGAGCUGGAGAGCACCAGCCUGGGGGACUCGGAUGAGGACGACACCAUGAGCAGGUUCAGCAGCUCCACGGAGCAGAGCAGUGCCUCCCGCCUCCUCAAGCGCCACCGGCGGCGGAGGAAACAGCGGCCACCCCGCCUGGAGAGGACCUCAUCCUUCAGCAGCGUCACCGAUUCCACCAUGUCUCUCAACAUCAUCACAGUCACACUCAACAUGGAGAAGUACAACUUCCUGGGCAUCUCCAUUGUGGGCCAAAGCAAUGAGCGGGGAGACGGUGGCAUCUACAUCGGCUCCAUCAUGAAGGGUGGGGCCGUGGCGGCUGAUGGGCGCAUCGAGCCGGGGGACAUGCUUUUGCAGGUGAAUGACAUGAACUUUGAGAACAUGAGCAAUGAUGAUGCGGUGCGGGUGCUGAGGGACAUUGUGCACAAGCCGGGCCCCAUCGUGCUGACUGUGGCCAAGUGCUGGGAUCCCUCUCCCCAGGCCUAUUUCACCCUCCCCCGAAAUGAGCCCAUCCAGCCAAUUGACCCUGCUGCCUGGGUCUCACACUCCGCUGCACUGACUGGUACCUUUCCAGCCUAUCCAGGUUCCUCAUCCAUGAGCACCAUUACAUCUGGGUCCUCUCUGCCUGAUGGCUGUGAAGGCCGGGGUCUCUCCAUCCAUACAGACAUGGCAUCUGUGACCAAGGCCAUGGCUGCUCCAGAGUCUGGGCUGGAAGUUCGGGACCGCAUGUGGCUCAAGAUCACCAUCCCUAAUGCCUUUCUGGGCUCAGAUGUGGUUGACUGGCUCUACCAUCACGUGGAGGGCUUUCCUGAGCGGCGGGAGGCCCGCAAGUAUGCCAGCGGGCUCCUCAAAGCAGGCCUUAUCCGACACACCGUAAACAAGAUCACCUUCUCUGAGCAGUGCUAUUAUGUCUUUGGAGACCUCAGUGGCGGCUGUGAGAGUUACCUAGUUAACUUGUCUCUGAAUGACAAUGAUGGCUCCAGUGGGGCUUCAGACCAGGACACCUUGGCUCCUCUGCCUGGGGCCACCCCCUGGCCCCUGCUGCCCACCUUCUCCUACCAGUACCCAGCCCCACACCCAUACAGCCCCCAGCCGCCCCCUUACCAUGAGCUCUCGUCCUACGCCUAUGGUGGAGGCAGUGCUAGCAGCCAGCACAGUGAGGGGAGCCGGAGCAGUGGGUCGACACGCAGCGAUGGGGGGGCAGGGCGCACAGGGAGGUCUGAGGAGCGGGCCCCCGAGUCCAAGUCCGGCAGUGGCAGUGAGUCUGAGCCUUCUAGCCGGGGGGGCAGCCUUCGGCGGGGCGGGGAAUCUGGUGGGAGUGGUGAUGGGGGUCCUCCCCCAUCCAGGGGCUCAUCAGGGGGUGCUCCCAAUCUCCGAGCCCACCCAGGGCUCCAUCCCUAUGGACCACCCCCUGGCAUGACGCUCCCUUAUAACCCCAUGAUGGUGGUCAUGAUGCCCCCACCCCCACCCCCUGUCCCUCCAGCAGUACAGCCCCCGGGGGCCCCUCCAGUCAGAGACCUGGGCUCGGUGCCCCCAGAGCUAACAGCCAGCCGCCAAAGCUUCCACAUGGCUAUGGGCAACCCCAGCGAGUUCUUCGUGGAUGUUAUGUAGAGCCCACAGGGGGUCGUGUUGGAUCUUCACCCUUGGCCUGUCCUGUCAGGGCUUGGUGCUCCUAUCCUGUGAUUGGGUGUCAUCAGUCAUACACUCAUUACUCCUCUGGUGCCUGGGCUCAGCCUGUGCUGUGGGCUGCUGCCUGUUGUGAGGUUGUUGCCACUGUGACUCUUACCAGCAGUGCCUAGUUCCUCCCCCUUCCUUCAGGGGUGUACAAGGGACUUUUGGUUAUUUUUAGCUUUAUUGUUUUUUGUAAGCCUUUUUGGGGGUUAAAAUAGACUUUAUUACACUUUUUGGACUAUUUUUUUAGUAGACAUUUUCUCUUUUAUAUGAAGAAUUCUCCAUCUCCCAGGCCCCUUCUCACCCCAAAAUGUGACCUCCUCCUCCAUUCGCCCAGUUGGCUCGGGGCUCUGUCCUCACAGGGCGGGGGUGGUCAGUGGUACCUGGGAGGAAGAAGGGGUUGGCCACCCUAGACAGCAGUCAAAGGAGCUGGGGUAUUUGGUAUUUGGGGGCCAUGUAGCUGCUUCUGUUACUCUAUUUAUUUUAGUCACUUGUAUAAAACACCAAAUAAAGCAAUAGGGGCAAACUC